UUUAUGAUUAGCAAACUAAACUCGUAAAAUACACAUAUAGUGAUUUAUUGAGUUGAAUUGUGUGGUAAUAAAUGUAACAUUAAGUUUUACCUCAUUAAAAUUACACAUGAUAGGAAAUGGCAAGUGAUAGUUUAGAUCCAGUUUCAACAUCGUGUGAACAUUUGUUUGAUGUUCUUGGUACAUUACACGAGAAAAGCAACCAAGAAAAAUUUAUACUAGAUCAUAUCAAGAAGUAUGCCAGCAGGGAUAUUCAAAUUGACGACUUCAGAAGCAAUUUGGAAUGGUUCAAUGUGUCCAGACCUCUGUCUUUAAAUAAUGACUUACGGGGGAAAAUUGUUGUGUUGGAUUUUUUCACAUACUGCUGUAUUAAUUGUAUGCAUAUCCUGCCUCAACUUAAACAACUAGAAGAACAAUAUUCUGUACAGGAUGGUCUUGUAGUGGUUGGAGUGCACAGUGCCAAGUUUGACAAUGAGAAGGACUCUGCAAACAUAUUGGCAGCAGUUCAGCGUUACAACAUCACUCACCCUGUAGUGAAUGAUUCUGAUGGUACUAUGUGGCAAAACCUUGGAAUCUCAUGCUGGCCCACACUAGUCAUCAUAGGACCAAAUGGAGAGGUGCUGUUUAUAUUAGUAGGAGAAGGACAUAAAAAUGAUAUCCUCGUGUUUGUGAAGACUGCAUUAAAUUAUUACAAAAAUUAUGGACAACUGCUGGAUCACUCAUUACCAUUGGCUCCUGCAGUGCAUAUCCUUCCAGAAUUGAAGGGGCUGUUGUUUUUCCCUGGGAAAGUUGCAUGUAUUGGGAUUGAUAUACAAGGUGUAGAUGGAGCACAUUACAAAGCACUUAAUAAUAAUAAUGACACAUCAUCAGCCAUAAGCAAACCUGAAGAGGCAGUUAAUAACAACAGCAUAUCACAAGAGGAUGGAGACCCGGAAAGACUGGCAGUUUCUGACACAGGACACCAUCGAAUUAUCGUAUUCAGAACGUCUGGCAGAAUUGAGCAUGUUAUUGGGGGAGAUGAACCUGGUUUCAUAGAUGGCACUUUUCAAGAUGCUCGAUUUCAAAGUCCUCAAGGAGUGGUAUUUCGCAGUCCAAGUUUGUUAUAUAUUGCAGACACAGAAAACCAUGCCAUCAGGGAAGUCAACUUGCAGACAUUACAUGUGAGGACACUUGUUGGCAGUAGCUCUCAAGGUUUGAAUGUUGUCGGUGGUGCACAGUUGACAGAACAGGUGAUCUCUUCACCAUGGGAUCUUUGUCUGGUUUCAAGCAGUCUGAUCACCGAGUCUUCCGCUCUUGAAGAAUCAGACAGAGAUGUACUACUAAUUGCCAUGGCAGGAUUGCACCAGAUUUGGGCACUUUUUCUAAAUGAAACUACAUGGUGGAAGGGCAAGCACAUUUACUGCUGUUGUAGGCAGUGGUAAAGAAGAAAAUCGCAAUAACUCAUAUCCACAUGCUGCUGGAUUUGCUCAACCAUCAGGUCUUAGUGUAGCAAAUGAGUUGCAGGCUGUCUUUGUCGCUGACAGCGAGAGCUCCACCAUUCGGAAGAUAUCAUUAACAGAUGGGAAGGUGUCUGCUGUUGUAGGAGGUGACAGAAGUCCUUUUAAUCUGUUUAGCUUUGGAGACAGGGAUGGGAAACAGUUUGAUGCAAAACUGCAGCAUCCUCUAGGUGUAGCCUGGUGCAAUCAAGACAAAACUCUGUACAUUGCAGACUCAUAUAACCACAAACUGAAAGCUGUAAGUGUUCCAAACAAUGUGUGCACAACUGUACUGGGAUCUGGCAAGCCAGGCAACAGUGCUGGCCAUUAUGAAAGGCCAGAUAAUGUAGAGCUAAAUGAACCAGGUGGCCUUUGUGUGAGUCAUGACAGUCAGCGACUGUAUGUUGCUGACACUAACAACCACUGCAUUAAAGUUGUCUACUUGAAGGAUAAAAUAAUUGAGAAGUUGACAAUCUUGCUACCACCAGAGUGCAAACAGCAGCCAGAAAGUAAAAAUAUGACUGGAACCAUUCUGCCAUCAGAGCUUGCAAUCAGUUCAGAUGGUGGAGAAAUCAGUCUGUUCAUAUCAGUCACACUAAAUGAUGGCAUCACACUUACAGACAUGGCACCACAGAAAUGGGCUCUGGAGUUUCCAGAUCCGUCAUGGUCAGCGAACACCUAUGGAGGGGAGUAUGAGCAAGAGAUGACAUUGUGCAUAGUUGUGCCAAAGCAGAAGCAAGCCUCCAGCAAUAGUUUCUCUGUCAGUUAUCGUUUGUAUGUCUGUCGAGAGCACUCAGAAUGCAGCGUGCGAGACUUUCACUUUCUUUUAACUGUUGUAUACACUGAAGAUGCACCCACCAGGGUCAUCCACUACUUGAGUCAUGUUGUAGGACUGCAUUAGAUUCAGUCUUCAAACUGCAGGUUACCAUCAUAAAUACUAGUGGAAUUAUAUAUAAUUCAUUAACUUUUACACCAGGUGGAUCAUCUAAUGACAGUCCUUUUUGUUCUUAUAUGUCCUUUCAUAGGUGCUGCUUUUGUAUCAGUAGUUGUUUAUAAAACAUGUUCAUAUUA